CCCCCUGCGCCGGCCCAGGAGCCAAUCCUGGGGCAGGAAGCAGGGUGGGACGCGGUUAGUCGCCCACCGGCUCUCCGAGUGCCAGCGCCACGGUGCGGAUGCGAGGAUCCUGCCCGCGGGGUCAGGACCACCGGGGGGCAGGCGCAGGCUGGACCGACGCAGCUGGGACGGGCCGCGGGUGUCGGAAGGCGAAGGCUGGCCCCGCGGAGCGGCGGCGUCUAGUCGCCGUGGCAACCGGCGCCUCGCGGGGCUAACGGGCUGCCGCUGGGAACCACCUUAGACGCAGCGGGACUUCGACACAGGACCGCACGGUCGGGUCGGUCUUCACAGAGCCCCCACCUGCCACCUUCCCCCGAAACAUGUUGGGCUUUUCCGCUCCUCCGGCCCACCUCUGCCGCUGGUAGAAGCUUUGGAAAGGCAGCCUCCUGUGUGCUUCAUAGGGCUCCUUGGAUAAUGGCACACAGAAAGGACAUCCCAUGAGCCUGGCCAUCAUGACGUCCAAAGACAAAGAUGUGGCACCUACACCAAGCUCCCCCUGGGAUGCCAUCCUUGAGGCUGCCAAAGACCAGGUCCCAUCCCUGGACUCAGACUCCUCCUUGUCAGAUUGCGGUGAAGAGCCAUUCAUCUUCCAGCGAAACCAGCCCGUCCUGAUUCCAGACCUGGCUGAGGAGCUGGCCGAAGACCCUGCUGAUGACAAUGAUUCUAGGAUCUGGGUCCCUCUGGCUGAGCCAGUUCUGGUGCCUGUGGGACUUGCCACCAAACCUGGGAGUGGACAGAAUGCAAGGACACUGGGCCUGGCUUCUCAGGAAGGCUGCUCUCUUGAGACCUGUGCUGAGACCAGCACUCUUCUUCAAACGUCAGAGGAGACCCCCAUGUUGCCGGAAGGUGACCUUGGGACCAUGUCCUUCAACACCAAACAAUUCCAGAGUCCUCCCUGGGACCCACAGGGAGAAGCCACCCUAUCCCCUGAAGGAGAGGUGGGGAUAGAGCCUCUGAGUGCUGCCUGGCAAGACUCUGCAAAACGCAGAGCCCUCCGGAGAGAGAGGAGAAAGAUGAUAGAGAAGGAAAUGCUCCACAAAGUAACCUGGGAUGCCCUGGACCCAGCCUGCAGGGACCAGUGUCAGUCUACUGAGCCAGGUCUCAGGUCAGAGGCACCAUCAGAGGGACCUCGGGAAGGACAACUGGUGCUCUCACUCCAGCAACUUGAAGAGUGGGAUUUGGAUUAUAUCCUUCAGAGUCUGCCAGGGCGAGAAGACAAGCAGGGAAAUGGUGCACCCAGAACUGCAUGGUGGGCAGCUGACCUCCAGCAGAGCCAAGCCCAUACUGCAUCACACUCCCAGGACAGGCUCCUGGAACAGCUGGCUCUCCUGUGUGCUGUACAGUCCGGAGCCCCUGCCCCUGCCCAGAAGCUGCCUGCUGACAUACCCCAAGACACAGAGGAGCAGGAGGCCAGAAGCAGAUGUGCCUCUACGAAGCCAGGCUUCCAGGCUGAGCCCUGCCAGAAGCUGGCUGACGGCAUGAGGCUGAGGAUGGAGCCUCCCACCAUCUUCAUGGAUCUGCGGCCGGCAGAGUCUCCAGAGCCAUCUGACCACCAGUCCUCAGGAAGCUCCAGUCACAGCUCCACUGACAGCGAGGAGGAUGAGGCAGAGAGAGCAGCUCUGGAAGCCCCGCAUAGCCCAGCACAGCAGGCAGCUACACUCUCCCAGGAUUUUCGGAGCUGUACUUGCAAGAGUCAGCUUCUCCAGCAGCUGAGAGCAUUUCGGAAGGGGACAGCUCUGCCCCAAGAACCUGCCAGGAAGGGGACAGGUGGCCAGAAAGCCCUUGAAGAUGCAACUGAGAGGAAGGAACAAGUGAAACUCAGCACUGAGGGAAAGAGCACCCAGACCAGACUCCAAGGAGGACAUCCCAGGGCCCUGGGGGACCCUCUUGAGCCAGAGUCAGCUAGGGAGAUCCUGGUGCCUCCUCUAGGCCAACUAUAGGUGCUUCAGAUAAAAAAGCACACAUAGGUUCCAGGAUCCUUCCAAACUAAAGGUGAACCUAGACAGAACACUGGAAUGGAACAGUGCCCACCCACAUCGAUAACCACCAAGCAGGGUCCAGCUGGUCCCCUGCUGGGCCUGGUCUGGCCUCCAUGGGAGAAGCCUGGUUCCCCCCCUCCUGUUACAAGCUUGUCCCCCAGCUCUCCAUCUUAGAGCCCUUUACUAACUGCUUUCUAGGCCCUGAUCUCUUGCCAACUUGUACUCAGGACAAGGGCCCAGAGCCCCUGCCUGCCCUGUGGAAAAGCAGAGAAACCAUGUCAGUCGGUUCCUCCAUGCCAUGGCUCAGGAGGCAAAGCUGGCUCUUGGCAUCUGGGUAAAUGUUCAAACAUUCAAACUGAGGGUUUCUGCCAGUUGCCACAACAGAGGGUACACAAGCUUCUCUUUGUAUCCAGCCCUGAGCCAGGCCAAGAGCUAGGUAGGCCCUGCCCAGCCACAGCAGCAUCACAGACACCAGCUACAGGCAGCCACAACCAGGACCACAAACUCCUGCUCAUCUGGUCACUGGAGGCCCACCACCAGCUCCCACCCCAACAUGAGGGACAUUUCUAUUAGAAGCCAAAUGUCAAGCAGGCCUCCACCAAAACCACUGGAAGCCUCUCCAGCCAGGCCUGGGCCGGCCCCCUCCCCCUUGGCUCUGGGGCAAGGCCUAACACCUGGUAGUAUGGCUUCCAAAUGGCCAGGCAGCCUCCAUCACAGCCACUUAGCUGUCAAGAGCAAAGGCAAUUAUUUUUUCUAUGACUACAUUUUCUCCCUUUUAGAAUGUCUCACAGUAUUUUAAAAUAAAGUGUUUGAUCCAAGUUCAAA